ACGCCAACUGCACAUUUUUUUUCUCCGCACUUUCGCUGACGAGGAAAUCGUGGCCUCCAUUGAUCUCUGGUGGCACAGCUACGGUUUCUUCACGUGCAGCUUCUCUCUCACCGUCUCUGCAACGCGUUCUUUUUCCGUAACAAGGACAACGACCUUAUACCACCUCUGUAAGGAAGAAGAAUCAAAGCAUUCAACCAAUUGAUUCUGUUUAUUGGUAUUUUAAUUGAUCUUUGUUUUUCCUGAAGGAGUUUCCGCUUCUGGUUUCUUAGCCCUCUACUUGCUUCAGGUUUUUCUUGCUGCACAUUGUGCUCCAUUGCUGAUUGAUAUGUUUCGUUUAAAGAAGCAUUCUCAAAGUCAUAAUCACCAUGAUAAUGAUUCUACACAAGAAGACGGGAAGAUCAUUGAACUUAGGGCUGCUCUUGGGCCUCUGUCUAGGCGAAGUUCAAAGUAUUGCACCGAUGCAUGUCUGAGGAGAUAUUUGAUUGCUCGAAACUGGAAUGUUGAGAAGGCAAGGAAAAUGCUAGAAGAGACGCUCAAGUGGAGGGCAGCUUACAAGCCCGAAGAAAUCCGUUGGCAUGAAGUAGCAUUUGAAGGUGAGACUGGAAAAGUGUCGAGAGCAAAUUUUUGCGAUCGACAGGGAAGAUCUGUGCUCAUAAUGAGACCUGGAAUGCAGAACACAACUCCAUCAGAAGUUAGCGUGCGGCAUCUAGUGUAUCUUUUAGAGAAUGCGAUUCUGAACCUUGUUGAGGGUCAAGAACAAAUGUGUUGGUUAAUAGAUUUCACCGGAUUUACAAUGAAAACCAAUGUCUCCGUCAAAAUAGCCUCCGAUGUUAUCAAUAUCUUGCAGAACCAUUACCCCGAGAGACUUGCCGUUGCAUUCCUCUACAAUCCACCCAAGAUUUUUCAAGCCUUCUGGAAGGCCAUCAAGUAUUUCUUAGAUCCAAAGACAUCUCAAAAGGUAAAGUUUGUAAAUCCCAAAGACAAAGGAAGCGUGGAGCUGAUGAAAUCAUACUUCGACAUGGAAAACCUUCCCAGUGUCUUUGGGGGUAAAGCCACACUCGAGUAUGAUCACCAGCAGUUCUCUCAGAUGAUGGCCCAAGACGAACUUAAAGCUGCACAAGUGUGGGCCCUUGAUGAGAAGGCCCACCAUAUCACAAAUGGGCCUUCUUCUGGCCCAGAAGUUGCCCCAGAGCCCAUUACUGCAACAAACUAACUAACUGGUAUGUCUCAUGCCUCCCCUUUACAGCAUUUUGAAACUAAAAUAAUAAUGCAAAGGAGCUAGUAGCCAUCCAUAAGUAAUAGUUUCUGUUUCUGCUAACUAAACCUAUGAGACUGAAGAACCUUUUGGGAGGUCAACAAAGCCCAAUACUUUAAUUUUGAUUUCUUCUGUAGCAGGCCUCUCUUUAAAAGAAAAAAGAAACUCAUAACUUGUUUACUUGUUCCAUCUAUUAAUAUAUAGCACAUUAUAGAGAGAGGACCCGUAUCUUUAAUGUUU